GAACAUCAGUUAAAGCUAAUUUAAUAUAAAUAAAUAAUCAUUUUUAAUCAGAUCAUGAGUAUAACAGUACUUGGUGGUGGAAUAAGUGGUUUGACAGCUGCUUAUUAUCUAUCAAUCGUUCGAAAAACUACAAAAGUAAAUUUAUAUGAAGCAAGUUCAAGAUUUGGUGGUUGGAUAAAAACUGAUAUUAAUGAUAAAGAAGGGUACAUCUUUGAAGCCGGACCAAGGACAAUAAGACCAAAGGGAUUGGCUGGAAAUAAUACUUUAGAAUUAAUCCAGUUACUUGAAUUAGAAAAUAAAGUAUGGCCAAUAACCGCUCAUCAUGUUGCAGCUAAAAAUCGUAUGAUUUAUGUAAAGAACAAACUUUGUUUAAUGCCUUCUGAUAUCAAAGGUGCUCUUAGAAUUAAUCCACCAUUCUCCAAGCCUUUAUAUUAUGGCGCAAUAAAAGAUUUCUUUGGAUGGAAAUCGAAAAAACGAUUAGAUGACGAAUCAAUUUAUAGCUUCACAUCAAGAAGAUUUGGAAAGGAGAUCGCAGACUACGCUAUUAGUUCAAUGAUUUGCGGUAUUUGUGCAGGUGAUGCAAAGGAAAUCAGUGUGAAAUUUUUAAUGAAAAACUUAUUUGAGAAAGAACAAAAAUUUGGUAGCGUUUUAAGAGGAAUUAUUUUAGAUUUCUUGCUUAACGGCAGUGAAAGAACUAAAUCGCCCUCAUUUCAGCCUACACCACUUUAUAGAAAAGCGCAAAUCGAAAGAUGGUCAAUUUACACAUUACAAGGAGGUCUUCAAACUCUUCCUAAAGUUUUAGAAAACAAACUAGAAGAGUCUGAAUCAGUUUCAUUGAAUUUGAAUUCCAAUUGUAAGAAAAUCACUUUUGAAACUGGAGGACCGGCAAAAGUUAUGAUCAAUGGAAUUACUCAUAAAGCUGAACAUGUUAUAAGUUCAUUGCCUAGUAUUCAACUUUCACAGCUUGUUAGCCAUCAACAUCCAAUUCUAUCGAAUGAACUGAAAAUGAUAAAAUGUGUCGACGUUGCUGUAAUCAAUCUUCAUUACAAAAAAGAUUUAUUAGAUUACCAAGGAUUUGGAUUGCUUGUGCCGCCAAUGGAAAAUCUUCCAAUCCUUGGAAUAAUCUUCGACAGUUGUUGCUUUGGUAUGAAAGAUCGAACCGUUCUAACAAUUAUGUGUGGCGGAAAAUGGUUUGAAAAAUGGUUUGGAAAAGAUCCAAAUGAACUUCAAUUACUUAACGUGGCAAUGGAAAAUGUUGGAAAGAUUUUAAACAUUCAUGAAAAGCCAGAUAAUUACAAAGUAAACAUUUUAAAAGAUUGCAUCCCACAAUACGUUGUUGGUCAUCAUCAACGUGUCGAACGGAUUCGUAAAUAUAUUGAAGAUAAUAAACUGCCGUUAAGUCUUUGCGGAGCUUCGUAUGAUGGAGUUGGAGUUAAUGAUGUGAUCUUGUCAGCAAGACUAGCCGUAGAAAAACUCAUGCCAGUGUAA